AUGGAUAGCUCCACUAUGAAUGACCCAGCCAGGAUCGACCACUACGAUGCGCGCACCUACACCCGGAAGGGUGCGACGCGGCGUGUUGUGGUGCGUGAGAAGCCGCUUUUUAAGUCUCGUAUGCAGCGUCUUGUUGACUACCUACGCCCGACCACCCGCCACGGCUUUAACAUUGUGGGCGCCUUCGAGCUGAGCAAGGUCAUGGCCUGCAUCAUCUUCCCUGUCUUUAUGCUUCUCUACUGGAAGAAUAAGGAGAAGGAGUUGCCCGACACCUGGGAGCAGCAGUUUGGUGGCUUGCAGCACCGCCAGUUCAGGGAGGAUCAGCUGCCAGAGAAAGAGACGGACUACUUCAGCAUCAUGGAGAACUUUCAGGAACGCCGCGAGGCUGCACUACAGAAAAAGCGGGAGGCGCUGCAGAACCGAAUCGUCUAG